UGUCACGCCAGACGAACAUGCGCACAUACAGUACACCGCAGCGGCCAAAGUACAUGUGACCUUAGUUGCAGUCCAGACAAAACUUCUGUCUUUUUUCUUUUGCCAUAUUCUGUCUUUCUUUCAUUGUGAUGAGUGGACUAUUGUGUGAAGAUAUCAGCCAGACGUUUGGUUUUGUCAUUCUACUUAAAGAUCUUCUUACAUGAAUGAACAGUAUUAUGAUGGCGGAGGAAUCUGAAUUUGACCUGAACUACAUUACAGAGCGUAUAAUCGCUGUAACCUUUCACCAGUCCUGCUCAGAGCAAACCUAUCAACAAAAUCUACACAGUAUCACGCAGAUGCUGCAGUCCAAACAUUCUGAUCAAUACAUGAUUAUCAACUUAUCUGAACCCACAGAUGUUCUCAACAGGAUAAAUCCAAGGGUGGUGGACAUUGGCUUGCCUGAGCAGUAUGCUCCUUCACUUCAUCUGCUGUGUUCAGUGUGUAAAAGCAUGAAUACCUGGUUAAGCACAAACCCUGAACACAUGCUACUGCUACAUUGUAAAGGUAACAAAGACAGAGUGGGUGUGGUAAUAUCCUCUUACAUUCAACUAUCAAAUCUCUUCAGCAGUGAGGAACAGGCAUUGGAUCUCUAUGCCAUGAAGAGGUUCUGCAGGGAUAAAAUGGAUAACCUCAUGACACCAUCUCAAAAAAGGUAUGUGCAGGUGUUUGGCAAACUGCUCACCCAUCAGAUUCAUAUGAAUCCUUCCCCUCUCUUCAUCCACCACAUUGAUCUCCAACCCAUUCCUGACCUCCACCCAACAGAGUACCAACUGUUUAUCAGAGUGUACGAAGGCAUGCAGACAGUAUACACAUCAGAAGUACAUCAGGUUGUCAUAGGUGAGACGAAUAGAGUUUGUUUUCUUGUGGAACCCCCACAGAUGCUUAAGGGUGAUAUUAUGAUUGCAUGUUAUCAAAAUGCUGUUUCAUUGCAGACUCAUGAGAUAGUGUUUCAAGUGCAGCUUCAUAUGGGCACUGUGUCUGGACACAAACUUUCCUUUCAGAAACAAGAACUUGAUUAUGCGAACAAAGAUCGGAGAUUUCCGGAGGACGGUGUGGUGGAGGUGCUGUUUUCAGAGACUGUGGACAGAGAUCCUCUUGCUUCAGCUUGUGGCCACCGGAGCAACAUUGGAGUGAUUGAAAAUGACCCUGUGAACUCGCUGGCUGAGUGGGACUCUAGUGAAUAUGGUACAUCAGGAGCACAGCCAAAUCAAGGCACCCAUUCUCUGAGCAGUGACUCUGGGCUCUCUAGCGCUUCCCAGUGGACUGGAGGACAAGUUUCUGGCUUUAAUAUCAGCAAUUGCUCUGAGGACCAAACCCAACUUCACAAAGUUAUCCCUGGAGUCAGAAUGGAGCAGGAACAACAUUUUCUGGGCCCUAUACCCCCCAAUCGACAAGAUGCGUCAUUUUACAACUCUAAUCACUUAAAUGGUGCAGCUAUUUUCACAGAACGGGAAACAGACAUUAUAGAUGAUGACGAUAUCUCCGCCCCUAAUGAUACCAUUCCUGCUAUUUCAGGGUCUAAAGAAACACUUUCAUCAAGGGAGACGUUUGGUUUGUCUUCACUUAGAAGUGAACAGAACGCUUGUCGAGGUGGAGAUAGUAUAAACAUGAACCCAUCAGUAUCUACAGGAUAUCAGACACACAUAUGGGUGAAACAGCAGCAGUCAGUGUCUGGCAGUUCUUUCUCAAACACUCCAUCAGACAUCAGACCGCGACAAAUAGAUGUGACUGAGAUCCAUAGAGAUGUAAAUAAAGCCUCAGUACCAGACAACGGCUUUCCAAAGGCAGAAAAGGCUGAUGAGUUUGCUACGCUUGCUUUGGAUAUAGAUCAAUCCAUUGAACAGCUAAAUCAGCUCAUCCUGGACCUUGACCCAGAGUUUGAGCCAAUCCCCACAAAGACAAGGGGUCACAUGACCCGCUCAGCCUCCCUUCAUACCAAUGGGAAGAUUCACUCAGGUGAAAAGGCAAAAUCUCACCAGUCAGGCUGGAGACAUAGACAACUAAGCGAUGUCUCUGAAUACUCUGUUCGGAGUUCAGGUGAUGAUCUGUCGCAGACCAUUCAGAACUUUGCCAUUGGCACACCAUCAAAGCAAAAUCUAUAUAACAUGGACAGUGUUGACUAUGGUGAGUUCACUCCAGAUGGUGACAGCUCCAUGUGGGCGGGGCUUAAUCAAGUUCCGUCCACACCAGCAUUUCCUGUGUCGCCUCCUACUCCAUACGGAAAAAGUGAACAUUAUUUUCCUUCAAGACCUUCUUCUCAAGCCAGCAGACAAUACAUGGCUUCUCCAAUAUGGCAAGAGUCGAGAGGAUUUGUGGACAGCAUGACGCACGCAUCCAUGUCGUCAGAUGGAGAGCUCUUUCACUCUGAUGUCACAGGAAGUCCCGCCUCCUGUCAGAGGAUGUUCGGAUCCAUGCACUCUAUGUCUACCCCGAGCCCGCUGGUCAAUACAGACAGCCCCACAACAGCUCAUUCCUGGUUAGAAGGUGGCUCCAGCACCCCCCUGAGCCACUACACCCCACAGCCCUCCCCACCACUCAACCUCUCCGCCCCAAACUCUCACAGCUCCCCACGGGGAGCACCUCGCAGUCUGUCCUCCUCAAUGGACAUCGGAGGACUGGAGAGUAGCCUGUUGGAGGCAGUCGAGGGUCUUGAGGCCUUGGGUCUGGAUGUGUCCCAGCCUCCACUUCUACCCCUGAAGAGAAGAGGCACAGAGGGGUCAGAGACCAUAUUGAGUUUCCCGCUCAGCAGGAGUGGUCUCAGUGCAUCGUUUGCCAGUCAUAACACUUCACCUACGAGAUCCACACCGAGUCCAGAUUUCAUGGCCACUAAACCUGAAAAUGUGAAGUUUGUUCAGGAUACGACAAAGUUCUGGUACAAACCAGACAUUUCCAGAGAGCAAGCUAUUGCCAUUCUCAAGGAUAGAGAACCGGGUUCGUUCAUCAUCAGAGACAGUCACUCGUUCAGAGGAGCAUACGGAUUGGCCAUGAAGGUGGCCACGCCCCCACCCUCGGUUCUGCAGCAAAGCAAAAAAGCGGGAGAUCUGUCCAAUGAACUCGUGCGACACUUCCUGAUUGAAUGCACACAGAAAGGUGUGCGGUUAAAAGGUUGCCCCAAUGAACCAUACUUUGGAAGUCUCACAGCUUUGGUGUGUCAGCAUUCCAUCACACCCUUGGCAUUACCCUGCAAACUCAUCAUCCCCAACAAAGACCCACUUGAAGAACUAAAUGAAUCUCAAACACAAACAUCAACAAACUCCGCAGCUGAGCUACUGAAACAGGGAGCAGCGUGUAACGUUUGGUUCCUGGGCAGUGUGGAGCUGGAGUCUUUAACAGGAGUUCAGGGUGUACAGAAAGCCACCACUGUGAUCUUCAGUAUGGAUCCUCCCUCCACUUCCACUGUCGUUCACUUUAAAGUGUCUGCACAGGGAAUUACGCUCACAGACAACCAGAGGAAAUUGUUCUUUAGGAGACACUACGCCGUCAAUACAGUGAUAUUCUGCGCCUUGGAUCCCCAGGACAGGAAGUGGACACGAGACGGCUGCACAUCUGCAAAGAUCUUCGGCUUCAUCGCACGUAAAAGCCUAAGCAGUACACAGAACAUAUGUCACCUGUUUGCCGAACACGACCCUGAGCAGCCGGCCAGUGCCAUCGUCAACUUUGUCUCCAAGGUGAUGAUAGGCUCUCAGAAGACCAAAUGAAAGCAAAUCUAGAUUCCUACUGCACAGCAACACAGAUGAGAGAUCGUUGAUCAGACAUUUAAACACUCUGUUUUUUGGAGAUGGCUGAAAAAGCUGCUGUGACAUUUAAGGGGGCCCAGGACAACUGUUUUAUUGGCGGGUUACUGGCUAUACCUUUGGGGACUUUAUCAGACUUUUCAUUAUGGCAGAUGCCAGGACAACAUUUUUGUAUGGUCCCAAAUCCACGUCCGUUGCACCACAUGUCAAAUCCAGUAGGGGGAGCCAGAUUCCUUUUCCAGAUUUCCAGAUUUUUUCACGAUCACUCUUGAACUGAACCUGCUCGAAAUCAAAGUUAAGGGAAUGAAAAAUUCAACUAACAGUGAUUUUAUUUUAGUACUGUUUGCAGUAUUUCAGAGGUCCAUUUUUGUUUUAUUGAACAGGUUGAUCUAUUAAAAUGAUGGAGAUGUAAUUUCUCUCGAUAUAAGUCGACCAAAGAACUCAUCAUCUUCAUACCAAUUUACUUUAAUAUGUUCAAUUUUAUAUAUAUAUGUGUGUGUAAAUGAUCAUAUAUUACUUUUUUAUUCGUUCAAAAUAUUCAGUACAUUUUCGUUAAUCUGUGUACUUUUUGUUUAUAAGGGACAUCCAAACAGUUUUAUCCAAUUAUUGGCUGCCAUAUAAACUGACCUUGUUUAUAUAUUUGGAAAUAUUUAUCAUUGAAAUCCAUAUGUGUAUACUCAUCUUUUACUCGUAUAUGUUUUACUAUACAGUUGAUAUGGAUAACAUUUGUUUAAGGUCUUGUUAUGUGAAUAGUGCAAAUUCAUGCCUAUAAAUUCUGCGUGUAUAAUAUGGUUUUUGUAUGAUGAAAAGUCUGCGUUAAAUGUUUCACAUGGAAAUCAUCUGAAGCGGAUAUAGCCAUAUAGUCUAUACUUAUAUAUUUAUAUUUGCUUCGUAUUAUUUUAAAUGUUCAGGAUGUUUUGUGGAGACUCUUGGUUAGUAUACUGCCUAACUGUAUUGCUAUGUAAAUGAAUGUUUUGUUGACUGUAACAUACAUGGAAAGAAUCCAAUAAAGAAAUAGUAUGGUACUAAA